AUGGUUUUCGCUAUAGUUUUCUUCUUCAGUGCAUUGCUUGGCGGAGUAGUCGGUGGUAUCCUCACAAUACUGACUUUGAAGAUUUUAGAGGCCGGGCCGAGAGAGCAGACAAGAGUUGAAGUUGACAACGGACGACAAACAGGAGAAGGACGAAUAGGUAUUGGGAUUCAGGAAUCUACAAAACUGGAACAAGAACAUGAUGAGAGGUGUUGCUAAUAAUGGUUAGCUCUUUACUUAUCUAUUUAUAUAUUUUUUGAUUUAUUUUCAUUAAGUUCUGGCGAAAAUCGUAGUUCAGGUAGGACGGGGCAGUGUGGGUCAGAAGGGAAAGCGGGAACUUGCUCAUUUGAUAAAAGCAGCUUUAUAUAUUCCUUAGUGUCGAGUUAAACGAACAUAAGAGUGAUAUCAGUUUUAUUAUCAAGGACCCACCAGAGUUUAGAUUUACAAUGUUCUUAAGUUUUUAUCGCACGUAGGAGUCCUUGUUCCUUCAACUGUAAGAAGCUGAUUUAUAGUUAUAAUGCACAGUAGACCAUGCCUACGUUAUUGCGACAGACGUUCUUUUUGCACAUGUUUUUGCCCAAACAAAAAAAAAACGUUAAGUUAUUUUCUUAUCUAAGAACCUCGUCAAAAAGACCAGGUUUUUUCUUUGUAACCUGAGAUCAGGCCCAAUUUGAGCGGUUCUCAUACAUUCUCUCUAACGGCUACCGCUGAAAUUGUAACAUUGUUGAUUACAUAAGCGGACUUUUACUGUAUGAAAAAUUCCUUGAUACCUAGUAUAAUGCCUUAAUUUUCAAAAAUUAACGGCGCAGAGUUGGUUAUUCUUGACUACGAGAUAUUUCCUUACAACCCUCCGCGCCAUCGUAGAAAGUAGAAUGCGAUCAUGCGCAAUGUUUAUUAGCAUGAUUAGUGGUAUUAGAAUCCCCCGAAGGGCUCUUUACAUGUUAAAUAGUCCGUGACAUCGUUGCGAAGCGAACCGAGAACCAACGAUAUUUUAUCCUUGGUAUUUUGAGAACAGGCCUCUGGAGCAUAAGUGACCAUUUAAGACACAAUGUGAUUUCUUUAAACCUACUUGUGCAAACGUUGUGGAGAUUGCUUAGGUACAGGCGCUAAGAUUUAUCUAAAUCUUGAAUCAUGGCCAAUUGAAGUGGCUGGAAAACUUGACUGUUUAGAGGCUAAUGCAUAUUUGGUAACAGUAAUUUUUGUUUUGUUUUUCGGCCUUCAUAGAGGCAAGUUGUAUGUCCUAGGUAUCAGCGAACAUCAUUUUUAAAAGCUAUACAAAAAAUGAGUAUCGGUUCUAAUACCAAUAAGUUUCAUUUGUUUUUAUUUGGUUCUACAGCAGUGCCAUCAGUUCCAAGGAGGAUCCCACAAGCUUCAAUUCAUAA